AGGUGGUGGUGCUAGAUGUCCCGUAGGGUUUGGAGUGAGUGAGCGAAAGAAAGCAAGAUGAAGAGCUCUAAGAAGGGAGGAAACGCGAGUAACUGCUGAAACCUAAUGUCUCGGUCUCUACUUUUUUCUAUACGAAGACCCUGUAGAAAAACUCAACAUGAAAACAGUACAUCUUAGUUUUUUUAAUCCUAUUUUUCAAAUUUUGCAUCCACUGUGAGUAAAGGCUGCAGGAGUAUUCAGGGGCAACUCGAAAGAAGCUAAAUUUUUAGUUUUAAUGGGACACAGAAAACGUAAAAAAAAAGUUGUUUACGGUAUAUCUGCUAUACGUACGUUAUAGGCUUUGAAUUAUUAAGAUAAAUUGUGGAAUACCGAGUACUAUCCAGCUGAAAUUUAAAGUGUUCUCUUAGAAAUAUCACAAUUCUUUGGAGAAAACAAAAAAAUAGGGAGUUAUGUUUCAUUUCACGGAGACUGGAUCGUGAAGAUGGAUUUACUGUGUUAGACACUACGGACUAUGGAUUUGCACGUUAUACAAAUGAUUUGACCGUCGAACGCUGACCACUGUUUUCCACUUUUAAAAAGGAGAUAAUAACCGAAUAUUGUUUUGGAAAGGAAAGCAGGAAAAUCUCACUUCGUUCACAUAAAGUAUGAAAAUGUGCGUUUUGCUCCUGGGGAUAGUGCUUUCGGGAUGGUGUUUAUUGGCCGGCCAGGGGCAGCCCAGCCCACGGCUCUGCCCGACUCCGUGCCGCUGCGACGGACUGGAAGGUGCUGACUGCUCUGGGCGAGGGCUGGUCACCGUCCCGUCUGCACUGAGCGCCUUCACUUACUAUCUGGACAUUAGCAUGAACAACAUAACAGAACUCCCAGCAAACGUCUUCGGAAACCUCCCCUAUUUGGAAGAGUUGCGGCUGGCUGGGAAUGACUUGACCUUCAUCCACCCUGAGGCUCUGACUGGACUCCAUCAGCUUAAAGUCUUGAUGUUGCAGAAUAACCAUCUGAAGACUGUGCCCAGCCUGUCCCUAAAAGCCCUACCCUCACUCCAGUCUCUGCGUCUGGAUGCCAACCACAUCACUGUGGUGCCAGAAGACAGCUUUGAGGGUCUGCCACAGCUACGCUACCUGUGGUUAGAUGACAACAACCUCUCAGAGAUCCCUGUUGGACCACUUAGCAACUUGGGCAACCUUCAAGCGCUAACCUUGGCCUUGAACUGCAUCUCCUACAUUCCUGAUAAUGCCUUCGCCAAUCUCUCCAGUCUGGUGGUUCUGCAUUUGCACAACAAUAAAAUUAAAGAAAUUUGGAAGAACAGCUUGAAUGGACUGGAUAAUCUAGAAACGCUAGAUUUAAAUUUUAACAGCCUGGAGUCCUUCCCAGUGGCCAUCCAGAUGUUACCCAAACUGAAGGAACUUGGAUUCCAUAGCAACAACAUUGCAGUGAUUCCUGACGACGCAUUCCUUAAGAAUCCUCUUCUUCGUACCAUACACCUGUAUGAUAACCCUCUCUCCUUCGUGGGCCACUCGGCGUUCCAGAACCUCACAGAUUUGCCUGCUCUGGCUCUGCGCGGAGCCAGCAUGCUGGAAGACUUUCUCAGCCUCACUGGGACCAGCAAUCUGGAGAGCCUAACACUGAGUGGGACUAAAAUCAGUGCCAUUCCCUCUGCGCUUUGUGAGGACCUCGGCUUGCUUCGCGCGUUAGACCUGUCCUACAACAAAAUUGAAGAGCUCCCCAGCUUUCAAAAGUGCUUCAAGAUAGAGGAAAUGUACCUCCAGCAUAAUGGCAUCCAGCAGAUCCGUAGGGACACCUUCCAGGGCAUGGCGUCACUGCGCACCCUAGACCUGAGUAGAAAUGAAAUCAAAUAUAUUCACAAAGAUUCAUUCCUUUCUCUCUGGGCUUUAACGAACCUGGACCUGAGUUUGAACUUCCUGAGCAGCUUCCCCACAGCUGGCCUGAGUGCCGUCAGUCAGCUAAAGCUUUCAGGAAAUCUGGAGAUGAAAGGGGCUCUUACUGCCAGGGACCUGCCCAAACUCCGGACAAUAUCUGUUCCGUACGCCUACCAAUGCUGUGCUUUCAUGGGUUGUGAGACUGAGAUGACAGUGACUGAGAACAACGGCAGCAAGAUUAUAGGUGAGGAAGAGGAAGCCGAAAGCCUCGGGUUUUCGCUGCACUGUUCUCCCUCGCCAGGUGCCUACAAGCCGUGUGAGCAGUUACUGGGCAGCUGGAUGAUCCGGUUGACCGUGUGGUUUAUCUGUCUGGUGACACUCACCUCCAACAUCGCAGUGCUGGUGGCCACAUUCAGCACUGGGGGUCUCUCCUCCCCAGCCAAGCUACUGGUGGGUCUGCUGGCAGCUUCCAACCUGCUAAUGGGCAUCUAUGUUGGUCUGCUGGCCACCUUGGAUGUCGCCACGUGGGGAGCUUUUGCCGAGUUCGGCGUACGAUGGGAGACGGGACCUGGCUGUCGGACGGCGGUCUUCCUGGCCACCUUCUCUUCGGAGUGGUCUGUGCUGCUGCUGGUGCUGUUCGCAGUGGAGCGCAGCAUGUCAGCCCGUCGCUGGGCGAAACAAGGCAAGGGUCGGCAGCUCAGGCUCCACAGUGCUUGUCAAGCCGCCGCACUGUUGGCACUCAUGGCCAGUGGGAUGGCUUUCCUGCCCCUUUUCCAUAUUGGAGAAUUCUCCUCCUCACCACUGUGCUUACCCUUCUCCACCGAGGAGACCCCAUCCCUGGCCUUUACCGUCGCCUUGGUGCUGCUCAACUCCCUGGCCUACCUGCUCAUGGCCACGGUCUACAUACAUCUGUACUACGGUCUGGGGAGAGCGGACAUGAUGGAACCCCACCAAGCUAGCAUGCUCCGCCAUGUAGCAUGGCUCAUCUUCACCAACUGCGUCUUCUUCUGCCCCGUGGCGGCCUUCUCCUUCGCCUCGCUGCUUGCUGGUGUUGGCAGCAAGCCUGAGAUUAUGAAGUCCGUCACGCUAAUUUUUUUCCCCCUGCCAGCCUGCCUUAAUCCCAUACUGUACAUUUUCUUCAACCCACACUUUAAGGAGGACUGGUGUCGGCUGCGGUGGUGUGGCCGGGGGAGGCCCUGGACAGCGGUAAUGGGCAAGGAGAACAGUGGGGCCUGCGACUCCUCUGGAGAGAAGACCUGUGACUGCAGGAUGUACUCUCACUUUCAGGGCCGCAGAGCUUUGUGUGAGUGCUGUGAGUCUGUGAUGUUCACCAAACCUUUAGCCUGCAGACAUUUGAUCAGGUCACUUAGCUGCCCGGUGCUGGCCGCUGUGACCUUUGAGCAGCCCGAAACCUUCUGGUCAGACUGUAGAACCGGUUCUGCCCAGUCUGAGUUUGCCGAUGAAGAGGACUCCUUUGUUUCGGACAGUUCUGACCAAGUUCAGGCUUGUGGACGGGCAUGCUUCUACCAGAGUCGCGGAUUUCCUCUUGUCCACUACUCUUACAACCAUUCCUCGCAACAGAGACUAGGGAAGGCACUCAAGUAGAUUGUUUGUUUGUGAUUGUCUGUGCGUAUGUGUGUGCAAAGUGAACUGUAAAAGUAUGAAAACACAUAAUCUGAGUUUACCCUGAGUUUAGGUUGUCUGUACAUGAGUUAUGUAUUAAGAAAGCACUUUUCUAAGAACUAUCUGACUAGACGUGACUAAUAAAUUUGACAGUGUCUUAGUUUUCUUGCUUACGUUGUUUGUUCCAUUAUUUUACAUUACAAAACUCCCAUCCAACAGUGCCUGCUUUUAUCAUUAUAAAAAGUGUACUUUUAGUACUUAUUUUUAAUUCUAUCUGAUAUAGAGAUACUUCAUAAUUCACAUGUCCAUUUAUUUGAUAUGACUGUGACUACAUCUUUCGAUAAUUUAAUAUCAAACACAAUACCGUUGUUUGGUAAUUUGUCAGUCAAUGAGCAGCAUUUAUGCGGCUGCUUGGAGGAGCAGUUUGUCUGCAGAAAAACUCUCGGAGGAAAACUCUCGGUUCAUCUCGGAGGAAGUUUUUUACACUGACAGGUCAGAGUCUAAUAGUCUCAGUCUCAGUGCUUGGAGGGAAAAUAAGUACUAAUAUUUAUUUUCAUUUGUUUACAGACAAUCAGUUGUGCGUUAUUUGUUUUUUUUUCUUGCCAUUUUGUUUAAGAAUCUGUGUUUGAUUAGAAACAGAUCAGUCCCAUUAAAAGAGUGCUAAUCAGGGCAUGACUACACAAAACUGAAUAGGAUUCCACAAAAGACCAGGACUAAACUUUUUUCCUAGUAAUGUGUCGUAAGCGAAGUUUUUCUAGUGUACGGUUUUAGUUUAUUUAAUAACAUAAUUUUACUUGAAUUAAAAAUAACUUUUCAGUGUGAAAUUUACCAUCUUCAUUUUGUUGAAAAAAAACAAGAUAUGAUAUAUUUGUUAUAUCAUCAAAAAUUAUUAAAUAUAGUAAUACUAUUACUGCAGACUACAUAAAUCUGUGAAUUAGGAUUUAUGCUAUUGUAACAAUUAGAAUUUCGCUGAGUAGUGUGGCAAUUUUUCCCAAGUUCAAAAGUAACAGAAUAUUUAUCUGAUCUAAUGGGCUUCACUGUAUCAGAGCUUGGGUUUGUGAAACUUUUUUUUCGAACCAGAUCAUUUCACAUUUGCCAGAAACUCUGAUUUAGCCCAUUGUUAUAACAGAACCAACAAACAUAACAUGUACUGCAGAAUAUUAUGUCAUUUUCUAGUUUGUGAAACAAGUGAGUUAAAGCAAGGCUUAAAAUAAUGACCACUAUCGCAAAUUAUUACUUUUCAUGUUAAGAUAUUAAAUAGAUUCUCCACACUAUUAAAAUAUACAAACAUUCCAUAUAUGUAUUAAGGUCUAGUCAGUUGUGGUACAAGAUGCUCGUACAUAUUCCCAUAAACUUGCUUCAGUGAUUUAUACAGACCUUUGUUAACUCAUGCAGCCUAUGUGAAGACUGUGAGAGCGGGAUAUGUUCAUUAAUGUACAUUUCACACUGAAGUGACCGAGGAGAAUAAGCCAAUAAUAAUAUGAGGCUGGUAAUUCACAGUUCAGUUUCUCUUACAUGGACACAGCAGACAUGCUGCAUCAAGUCAGCCUGCUUUGGUACUGGAGACGAAACAGCCUCGCGAAUCAUGUCAUUCGGUUUAUACCACCAUGGAAAACCAUCUGGGGAAUGUUGCAAUAAUUGUUAUUUUCCUUCCUGCAACACACAGAAUUGCAUUUUCUCCUUUAAGUCUGAUAUCAGUAUUUACCUGGCAACGCACUGUUUGGCUUAUCUCUCUACACAUUGUAGAGGUAUUUUAAAAUUCUUACUACAUCUAUAAAAGGGAAAAUAUAAAUUGCAAUGCUUUUUGAAUGAGUAGAGACUAUGAUUUCAUUGUGAAAUAUUUAUUAGAAUGGUUUGUGGCCACUUAUAUUCCUGUAUUCAUUCCAAAUAUAUACAUAACAAAUGGGUUUUGAGACAUCAACAUUUAUCUUGGAGAACCAACAAAACAGUAUGAAAGUCAUAACAUGCUAAGGAUGUUUUAAUGUGUGCAUGUGUGCUUUUUGUCUGCUUGUAAUCGUAAAGGAUUUUAUUACUAAUGUAUUGUCCAGUCAUGACAGCUACCUCUUUUAAGUGUAGUGGCUGCCAGUAGUGAGAUAUGAGAAAGCAUGUGUGAGUAAUUUCUCAAAAUACGCUUGUAAUGUAAAUCAAUCUGGGUGUACAUAUCACUGAAUGAAAUUAAUGGGUAGUUUCUACAAACUGUGGAAAAAAACUGUAAAGUGUAUUUUUUGUAAACAAAAUCUUGCUUAAAUACAUAUCUUCUUAAAAGUA